AUGCGAGCUAUCACAGACCCUAAUUUUUCUAAAUGGCUUUUAGAUAUCGGUGAUGGAAUGAUACAUUUACCAGAAAUACCUAAAAGCCAAUUUUCAGUUGAAGUUCCGAUUUCUUUAAUAUCUAAUGACAUAGUUACAGAUAUUUUUGGUAGUAGUUUUACCUGUACUGAUGUUGAAAAAUUUUCAAGGCGUGCAAUUCUCUGCCCAAGAAACGAAGAUGUUCGAUUAAUUAAUGAACGCGUUUUGAUAAAUUUAAACAAUGUUGAACAAAUGAGUUUUUACGCGAUUGACUCUAUAAAAAAUGAUGAUGGUGUAGACGAUCAUGAUUUACAAGUCAAUAUUCCGGUUGAAUUUCUUAAUACUUUGAAUCCACCUGGAUUAGCACCGUAUAAAUUAAAUUUAAAAGUCGGUUGUAUAGUAAUGCUUUUGAGAAAUCUUUCAGUAAACAAAGGACUAUGCAAUGGAACUAGAAUGAUUCUUAGAGCCUUUCGUCAAAACGUACUUCAAUUGGAAAUUAUUACUGGUGCACUUUCUGGAAUUGUUCACUUUAUUCCUAGAAUUUCUUUGGAUACAUCGAAUGAUCUGGCACUUCCAUUCAAUUUCGCCAGACACCAGUUUCCAGUUCGGCUUGCAUAUGCGAUAACAAUAAAUAAGUCUCCAGGUCAAACUUUUGAUAAAGUUGGCCUCUAUCUUUCAGAACCAUGCUUUUCUCACGGUCAGUUUUAUACAGGAUGUUCAAGAGCAACGAAAUCUAAUGGUUUAAAAAUUCAAGUAAAAGAUACCACUAGACAGGGAAAAAUGGAUAAUGAGCAAACAGUAACAGAUAAUGUUGUUUAUCGGGAGAUUUUUUCAUGA